GGGUGACUAACACCUCUGGCCAGUAGGUAAGUCCGCUCCAAUGGGGGGCAGCACCCACAAUACCUCGCUGCCCCUCUUAACCUAACCUCCAACCCUAAUCCCAUAUUAGGUUAGCCCUAACUAACUCGGAAAUAGGGUUAGGGUGACUAACACCUCGAGCCAGCAGCAAGCGCAGUACAGCUUCCAACUCAGAUAUGCCGACCAGUCAGCCCUACUGGUCAGCUGCAAUACGGUCGGCAGUCGGGGUCGGCGGUCGGCAGGGAUGCAACCAUGAUAAUACUAGUCCAGAAUGUAGAAGAUUAGAAGAAGAUGAUGAUGAAGAAGAAGAAGAAGAAGAGGAAGAACUGAGAGGGGCAGAGGAGAAGGUGGAGAUGGAGAGGAGGGAGGAGGAGAGUCCUCACUCCCUGAUCCAGUGUCCAGGCACCAACCUGCGGACGCAAGGUGCCACCUUGGAGCUGCUGAAGACCUGCUUUCGACGCUGGAGCUACGGCGCUCACAGGAGUCCGUUGAGGCGAAUCCACUCCUUGAAGCACGAUGCCACGAAGUGUCGACAAAGCCUCCGAAGACCUCUGGGAAGACCGAUGACUGCAUGCGCUCCAGAGGACAUUUCAUCGUUUGGUAGAAGACACACACUGGGCAAAUUGUUGUUGAGGAUACCCUUUCAGCAUGCUACAAUGGUGAAGCAACCGAAAGGUCCGCUGGCAUGGGGUGUGGCAAACAGGUACGUGCACUCACCACAGGUGUCGACCCCAUCCCCUUCCACUUCAUCAUCAAUCCAUCAUCUCACAAGUACUACACGUACGGUAACGGAUUGUAUUUCUUCACCAAAUCCCUCUACAGAAUGCCAGCCGCAAGCAGUCGGGAAGAAACAGAAAGUUUUGCAGAAUGCAGAAGCAGAAGAGGGCGAUGAGGUCUUACAGGAGAUGGACGAGUUUGGGAAUAUGCGCUUCUCGCAUUCUGCACAACCGCAUCCAACGGAGUCUGUUUCACGGAAUCCCCUUCGCACGGCGCAUGUCCUUGAUCAUGGCCCUCUUUCAACAGACGGUCCACUUCAACAGCUUCAGAAGGAGGAAGGGCAUGAAGCUGCACGGGAUGUGGCAGCCAUUGAUGGCAAGGAUGCUGGGAGGGAAGUGGUCGGAGAACAUGAAGGGUCCUCGGAAAUUUUUCAGAGACGACAACCCCGCGGAAUGCCAUCAAGCCUGUCUUCCCGAGGAUCGCGUGCCCUUCUCCCCUUCUCUCCCUACAUAGAGGUCAUUAAUCGUGCCAAGAAGAACAUAUGGUCGCCAUCAAACCUGUUGGGGUACUUUCCCAUGGGGACAGCAGAGAGCAUCCUGACCUUUGACCUGGUCAUCGACAAGAUCCGCAAGUGCAGGAACGUUCCGAGAAACAUUGGGCUUUACGAUAACAUGUGUGGUGGGGAGCGUCUGCGGUGCGCUCUUGCUCGGAUGAUGGAGAGGACCUUCAUGGGUGUUGCAGUCGACCCUGCCCACAUCUGCAUCUCCAGUGGUGUAACUGCUGUGUUGGAUCUUUUUUUCUUCGCCGUCUGUGACCCAGGGGAUGGCUGUCUGAUCCCUGCGCCCUAUUUCCCAGCGUUUGACAACGACAUGUCGGUUCGCAACGCAGUCGUCCCGAUCCCUGUACAACCACGUGACAUUGGGACGUACAUCCCUACUGCCGAGGACUUGGAAAAUGCGUAUUCGUUGGCCGAGGAGAAGGGCGUUCACCCAAGGAUGCUGCUUCUCACCAACCCAGGAAACCCGCUUGGUACACUUUAUCCUGAAGAAACCCUCUGCGAACUACUUGUGUGGGCUAUGGAGAAAGGACUGCAUGUAUUGACGGAUGAAAUAUAUGCCAACUCAAAGUUUGGUGAGCACACAUCCAGGUUUGUGAGUAUGGCAAAGGUUGGAAACCAGGCGGUGGCAAAGGGAUUAGUGAGAGAAGACGAACUGAAAGAGAGGGUUCAUACCGCGUACGGCAUGAGCAAAGAUUUUGGACUCUCUGGGUUUCGUGUGGGCUGCAUACACACACGUAACCAAGAUUUGCUGGAUGUAUGGAGCAACCUGGGAAUGUUUGCUGCUGUGUCAACAGACACACAGCAUGCACUGGCGGAGAUGCUUGAAGAUGACGAAUUUGUGAAGACCUAUGUCAAGACCAACAACAUGCGGUUAAAGAAUUCUUAUGACAUCUUCACCGGUGCAUUGCGGGAUGCAAACGUGACUUUUAUGCCAGCUUGUGCCGGCAUGUUCUGUUGGGUAGACCUGCGGUUUCUGCUUAGCGAGCCUACGUUUCCUGCUGAGGAGGCACUGUGGAAGGAGAUGGUGGUCAAGGCCCAUGUCGUCCUCACACCCGGAGCAGCAUGCCACUGUGUGGAGCCGGGGUUCUUUCGGGCAUGCUAUGCGACCAUGCUGCCGGACAAAUUACACAUGGCCUGCAAGAAACUGAUUGAGUUUGUUGAUAGCAUGCGCCUUAAGCAGCAAAAGACAUCUGACGGGAAACGAAAGGCCUCAGAGUUGAGUCAAGAAGGCUAGAUAACGAAUGAUGGGUUGCCAACUGACCCUUUGGAACACCUUCCUGACCGUGAUAACCUCCGCAUGAAGUGGGUCACUCAUCAGUUGCAGUAGACAGGUGCAAGGUCUUCAUGGUUGGCAUAUGGUGUCACUAAAGUUUUGAAGUUUGAACUGGACUCCAGUAAUCCGGAGAUGUUGAUCUCACUGCCUUGGUAAGCCUUGAUCCACUACCCAUACCGCCACAAUGAGUCGAUGUCAUCAGGCCUCUUAAUGGUGCACGGCUGCUGUUCGAAGUCAGUUGACUCAUUGCAGUCUUUUUACCGAUGUUUUAAGCCAAUCAGAAUCAAGCCCUCUGCACUCG